CCACACAUAGAAACAUCGCUGUUCAGUACAACUUUUCUGUAUAAAAUAACGUAAACAUGCUAUUUAACACACAACUCAAGUGUUUUCGUCUCUAUUGCUGGAAGACUAGGCCUAAGUCUCAUCAAAAUUGGAGAGAAAUUUACUUUAACAACCAAUAUUGUUAUGGGAGGCCAAGGAGUUCGUUUCGGGAGAAAAACAGGAGCAACUCUGAAACGUCCUAGAGGUGGGAGACGUUACGGUGCUGGUCAUCACACCAUUUGCAAGAAAGAGAAGAAUGUUGUAGAAAAUUAUGGUUUGAUUUCGAAUCAGCUUGCAGAGCAGUUCGAUGACGGAGACUUGGAAAGUCAUGUUCUUGACAAUGGAGUUCAAUAUUCUCUUAAUAAACGCAAGAGGUGGGCUAUUCCUGGUAUUCUCAAGGAAAACAUGUUAACGAGUACAGUGUACGAGGAAAACGACUUUGAAGUUCUACUGGUGGAGCGUCAAGUGCUGGGGCACGCUACGCACGGAAAACGAGCAGACUGCAUUGCUGUGCAUUCGAGCAAAGGGGCGAAGAGGUGCCGUAAGCCCCGAAAGACUUUCUCGCAUGCUGAUGAUCUCAUCAGCAAUGCAAGGCCGUCAGAGAAACCAAACAGUUCCAGAAAGAAGAAAGUUAAAGCUUCAGUAGUAGAAGAAACAGAUGAUCCUUCACCUUUAAUUCCUGAGGUUCAAUAUGUUGUUUCAUACCCACGACCUGUUGAUUCAUUUCCCCACUUCAAUCCUUCAAGAGAUAGUAAAGUAAAAAUUAAAAGCAAACAAAAACGAUUCAGAAAUGCACACCUUUUGAUGGAUGAUCAACUUGACAUCGAUGGAGCUUUCUGGGAAGAGGAUGAUAUCCAACCUGAAUCAUUUGAGAACAAUUCUACACACAAGGCCCCAAAUUUAGGACAAUUUAUUACAACUUUGACUUCUAGUAACGCAAAAGUCAAACACAAGAAGAAAGCAGUUGUGGAUUUAGGCAAUGGUCCAGAAGACAGCCGACCCUGUCCGAAUAAAUUGGCAAAACAUCCUGUAAAAUAUUUUGGAAAGGACUCUAAAGUUAUCAUCCAGAAAAAACCCAAGAGACCACAGCAGAAAAAAGCAAAAGUUAUUAAAUCUUCUAAAAAGUGCAAUGAUGAUGAUGAUGAUGAUCUUGAGGAUAAUUGCCAGGAUGUCCAAAGUAUUUGCAUAAAUGUGUGUCGCAGAUCCAGCAGGUCUGGUCAUCUUCUUGAAAGGUUUGGCGAGGAUUAUGUCGAGGGUGAGAGUCUGCCAAAGAAAUUCAGCGUGAACAUUUCAGCGUUUGUGACUGAUGUCUUGAAGAGUGCUGGCCACUUCAACCUGGUGCGAAAGAUGCAAUUCUGGGGACAUGAAUGCCAUGUUGUAUUCGCAACUGAUAUUACUGAGGCUAAUGAAGCUAGGCCUACUGAUUACAACAGAAUGAGGCUUAGUUUAUUUGGAUUUAAAAACUUAAAUUGGCAUAUUAUCUACUUGGACGUCUUUGAGACAAGUCUUGCCAACAGUAGAAUCUAUUCAGUAUCGGAGGUCGUUGACACCAUCAAGAGACUACUAGCCGUUCAUCCUCCAAAGCCGUUGGAUUUUGAUUCACUAUGCCUAAAUAUGAAGCCCCACAUUCCGCUUAAAAACCUAAGCUCAGCGAUGAAUUUGCAAGUUGAAGUUAUGGCCCCAUGUCGUGCCCUAAAAUUGAACACUCAACCAAACAGGACAAUUGAAGGACCACAGGAUGAACUGUCCGUGACAACUAUGGAGACGAUGUACUGUGGCAUCUGCGAUGACUACCUGCUGUCUCCUGGCAAUAGGUCACCAGCCCUGGCUAUGCGCGCAUGUCAACAUUGGUUUUGUAGCGACUGUUGGCGGUCUCAUAUUGAGAGCAGACUUCAGCGAGGAGAUCAUACCAUCUUGUGUCCAGGCUAUGCUUGUAAGGUACCAGUCGAUAAGCUGACAUUGAUGUCUCUGAUCCCCGGUGACCAGUUCUUCCGGCACAAGAUGCACGCGCAGAACAGGUACCUUGAAGGCAAUCCUGAGUGGCACUGGUGUCCCAGACCUCAUUGUGGUCGCGUUGCCAGGAUGCAAGGUUAUGCCAACGGGAAGGGUUUCCUGAAUUGUGACUGUGGGCUGCAGUCAUGUUUGGAAUGCAAAGCAGAGGUCCACUGGCCAGCUACGUGUCAACAGGUUGAAGAGUAUCGUCGGAACAUGAAGAAAACAUCUGAAAGUUUGAAAAACAACAGACCAACAAUAACCCAAGUAGAAGUGAAACGCUGUCCAACAUGUUACUUACCAAUGGAGAAGAAUGGAGGGUGUCGUGUGAUGAGGUGUCGUUGUGAACAGCAGUUCUGCUGGGAUUGCCUAAGCAAGAAAGGAUACGAUUGUCCAUGUCGUGGCAUUGACAAUAUUAAGAAGUUAGAGGUUAUUAGGCUGGACCCAAUUCCUGUAUUUACUGAAUAUACUUUGGUACAACAAGCCUUGAAUCAUAACAUGACAGUAACUGGAUUGUGGAACAGAAGGAAAUUACAACGUACUGCCAAGACGGUUGUUACAAAGAUGUUCCUGAAAACAUACGAACCAUCAAGCAAGUUGGAUGUCCUCAUUCCAACCCAAGCAACACCCUCAUCAUGGAGUGACGUACCCAAGCUACAGCAACUGUUAGCUCUCACUCACGAAGUCUUGCAGUUUUUCUUUGAGACAAAAAAGAUUCUAGAAUAUUGUUGCGUUCGGAUGAGCAACUACAGCAAACGGUCACGAGGCCGAGACUUUGUGAGUCAAGUUGCCAGACUGGAAUACAUUGUUCGAAGACUCGAAGAGAUCCUGAGAGGCAAUUGCAGACAGCAAUACACACUUGAGGCCACAGAAUCCAUUUUGCGGAGCUUGUUGCUUUCUGGAAACAAUUGGCUGAAACUUCUUGUGCAUCAAGCAUCAAACUCUUAAAACAAUCACUAAGAUUGUUUAAAGCAGCAUCAAGGGGAGAGGGGACAGGUUUAGGGGGUGCCGAGUCAACCCCUGCCCCCUCACCCCCUCUCUUUUUAAAAGUGAAAAAGAAAGAAAAAGAAAUAAUUGAUUGCCCAAAACGCCUUAGAGAUUAUAUGCGGGAGUCUAGAAAACAACAAUUUUGUGGGGGAAUUCCCCAGUCCCCCUAUGGUAGUGUUGUCCCCUACGGUAGAUCUGGAUCUGCACCUGUCUAGGAGAGGGAGAAAGGGGGAGAUAAUUCAUACUGGCUUCCAUCCGUCAUUCUGGAAAAUUCAUUUCUGAACAUCAUCAUAAAGAUCAAUAUUUUAAGCAACAUGUUGUUAUUUCUGAUAACACCAUAAGUAAAGGGGAUUGGAGGGUGGCUGGCUCACCCACCCACUCUGUCUCCGCCCAGAGAGUAUGCAACUGCAAGAGGUCCGACUCUCGGGGUUUUUUUGGAAUGUAGUCAUGUUUCAAAUAGUACUAAUAUGAACUAGAGGGCGUCCUUCAAAAGACGAGUUUCAAACUCCAUUCAAGCGCCCCCAUCUCGUGGUAGUAAUUUUUCUUUUUACGUUUCAAUGUCUGCAUACAAAAUCAGGGCAGUCUGGCCUCUUGCAAUCCUAUACUCUUUGCUUUGCCUGUGUUAUGUUAUUUAUUUCAAUCAAUUGUAUAUUGGAUAUUGUGUAGGUACAACAUACUGAAUUGACACACAUUCUUCAAAUUGUGCUAUCUAAAUACUGAAUAUAAUUUAAAUAUUCAUAUUAUAUUUUCAGAGUAUUAAGUGAUACUUCUCUUUAUAAAACCAAUGCAAGUCAAUCUGAUCAAACUGGAUUUUAGCAACAUGUUGAUAAAUUUCUUGAGAUAGAUUUUUAUAAAAUAUUUUUAAAACACAAA